AUGCCCUUCCAAUUCAUCGAUAGCAAUGCUUCAGCCGACCGUGCCACGAGAAGACGGAUUCGUAGUCAUGCGGCUAUGGGGAAGAACGUCGGCAGAAAGAUCGUGCGGCCGUCGAGAAUCAAGGCUUUUGAACGGAGACCCGAGACUUCCAAAGCUGUUAUUCAUAUCCCAAAGAUCCCAGAGGAUACACAAGACUCAGAAUACAUUAAAGACAUAGUUCCUGGAACCCCAAAGCUUAUUGGCGAUUGGCUGUCCGUUCUCUCCUUUCCAGAACAGCGUCAUAGGUCCAAGCAUCUUCUCUCUAUUGACAUUAGUCCAGACUUCCAUUGUGUCAUAGCAGUAUCAACUACGGCCCUCAACAACUUGGUCAUAAAGCAAGAAGACUCCACUGAGACAAUGCGCCACCUGUCGCGCAUGUUCCGUAUAGUCAACGAAAGGCUAUCAGGAAGCGACACCGUCUCCGAUACUACCAUUGCGGUAGUAUUAUUGCUCACUCAAUACGAACGUAUUCAGAACCAGUACUAUCAGGGCCUCGUUCAUUUAGAAGGACUUCAUCGGAUGGCCGAGCUGCGAGGUGGUAUCUGCAAGCUCACAAGGGACGCUCCUACUUUGGCCAAAAAGAUAAUUAGCGCCGAACUCGAGUACGCUCUCUUUCUGGGCACUACGACACGUUUCAGCAUUGAGGACAUCAUGCCCACAAGCACAGCCCUGGUCGGACUUGCCAGCAGCCUUGAAGGCCAUGACACUCGAAGACACGCUAGCGUUCUCGAUUUUUGGUUCUUCAAACAUCUGAGUGCUGAAUUACAAAAACUCCUAGCAGCUAUGACAGAUCUUGCCGGACUUCUCAACGACGCAAGUGCAGGAAGACGACCGACACUGAAUGCCCAGAAAUUUCAUGAUACUGUCAUAUUACUCGGAUAUCGCCUCGUUCAAAUAAGCCCUCUAGGAGGGCCGCGCCCCUCGAAUCGUCUGGACAAUGCUGUCCAUUUGGGACUAGCGUUAUUUCUCAUGACACUUUUACGGCGACUUGACCGCAGGAUCGUGGAGAUUCCUCUUCUCUCGCAAUUAGCUCGCUCAGCUGCUGAAGAGAACUUUGACGACGGGCGAGAGAGCCAAGAAUUGCUACUUUGGGUGUUGUCCAUCGGAGGAGCUUCAGUCUUCACAUACACUGACGAUGCAUGGCUAGCCCCGAAAUUGCUAGAGACGACACAUGCUCUAAGCCUUCAUACUUGGGAAGAUGUACGUCGAACGGUUGUUAAAUUUCCAUGGAUCAAUGCCCUCCACGACAACCCAAGCCAAUCUCUCUACGAGAGGGUUUCAUGAGGAAUAGAUGUCUUCCUAGUCGCUGCUACAGUAUUGAUACGGCUUUGGCUACUUAAUACCUCGAAGAAUUCAGAGGCUACUUAGAAAACGAAGUUACAAGCAAGAUGGCACUAUUCCUGCAGGAUCCUCUUCACACACCCCGGCUCGGUGGCCUCCAGCUCACUGGCAAUGAGUUCCCAGGUAUGCUUCUGCGUAGCGAUCCCUUCUUCAUCGGUCACCCAGCUGGGCACCUUUUCCCUUGAUUCAUCACCAUGUCAGCAUAAGCUUCGGCAAAUUCAC